AUGCGGCCCUUAUGGAUCGUCCCAGCGCUGCUGGCGAGAGCAGUGCUCGCUGCCGACACCACCACAGCGUCAACAAUAUCCGACACUGCAGCGCUCACAACACUCUCAGGCACCAAUGGCCAGUUAAGCAUUGAUGUAGCUACUGGGUCAGUCACCUAUGAGUCUGUCACAACAACAACGACCAUGCCCACCGGGUCUAUCUCUGCAAUUCCCACGUCGUCCGGGACGGGCAAUGUAACUGGUACAGCUACAAGUACUUCAACUUCAGACACAGUUACCGUGCUGGUUGGCAGCCAGGGAACAAGUCAAACAUCCAAUGCCACAGGCACUGCCACUGCAACUGCUCCAACGGUCACCAACACCCAGCCGUGCAAUGGCUACGCUGAGUUUUGCUCUCGAAAUUACUCCAACGUCACUUAUGUCGCCGCGCACAACAGCCCUUUCGACAGACAAGGCAAUCUCGCUUCCAACCAACAGUACGGAGUCACAACGCAGCUGAACGAUGGCAUCCGCAUGCUCCAAUUUCAAGCGCACUAUCAAAACGAGACCAUGUACCUUUGCCAUACUUCUUGCGACUUGUUAAACGUCGGAACACUCGAAAACUACUUUACCACUGUGGUUCAGUGGCUGCAGCAACACCCUUACGAGGUGAUCACGAUUCUCAUGGGAAAUUACGACCUGGUUCCUGUGGGAAAUUUCACCUCCCCCAUUAUCAAUUCAGGGCUAUCGAAGUACGCCUACUAUCCAUCUGAGGUCCCCAUGAGCUUGGAUAGCUGGCCCCAGCUAUCCAAUAUGAUUAUUUCCGGUAAACGGGCUGUUAUUUUCAUGGAUUACCAGGCCAACCAGACAGAGGUGCCGUACAUCCUAGACGAAUUCAGCCAAUUAUGGGAGACCCCGUUCUCCCCAACCGACCGCCAGUUCCCUUGCACAGUACAGAGACCGCCAGGUCUGUCUCCGGAAGACGCCAGGAACCGGAUGUACAUGGCUAACCACAACUUGAACCUUGAUGUCUCGUUCGCUGGAGUGAGUUUGCUGGUUCCAAACACGGCCCUCAUAAAUGUGACCAAUGGUGUCUCGGGAUUUGGAAGCCUGGGAGCAAUGGCAGAGAACUGUACAGCCGACUGGAACAGGCCUCCAAACUUCCUUCUUGUGGACUACUAUAAUGAGGGCAGCGUCAAUGGGUCUGUUUUCGAGGUCGCUGCCCAGAUGAACAACGUCACGUAUAAUGGACAUUGCUGUGGUACGACCACCUCAGCGGCACCUAUAUCCAGCCCAUCCAAUAGGUUGGUCGGGGUUCUCUUGGCAGUUGCUAUCAGUGUCGUUUUGACGAUCGUGUAA